AUGAAGGGAGACGCAGUGGAAGUCUGCAAGAUCAGGUACAGUGGGCGCAGCGCCAUCGAAGAAGAAAUGUUCGGGAACGCACCUCACACCCUCGUGGCCAUGGACGCCUCUGAUCAGGUGCGCCGAGUCAUUUUCCGAUCCUUCCAUGGCCAAUACUCCUUCCGGAACGACAGCCUUCGCCGGGGUGCCCUUUGGGACAUGAUCUACAACGCGGCCUGUGAAAUGGCCGGUGUUGAGGUCCAGAAACAUACCUUUUUUGAGUAUCGCGCAAUGGUUACUCAAGACCGAGCAGACAGCAGCCUCAGGGCAAUGGUAGGCAAUGUUCCCGACCACAAUAUGUGGGAAGCCCUGCAGCGACGAGAGAGCGAUGGUGUUCUCCUCAUGACAAUCCCCCUGCUCAAGGAAAUGUUUCCUCGACUCCUGGCAAAGGUUCCGACUCUGGUGGCAAACAUGGAAGAUGCAGUCUCGAAGGGGUACAACUCCCUUUACGCCAUCACUUCCCACUUCAGUGGCCUAACGGUGGCUACGAAGACCAAGCGCCGGGCCGCAGAGGCGCCUCCCACAAAGGUGCCUCCGGCAAAGAAGAAGUUGUCGACCUGCCAGAGCACUUACCUGCAAUCCGACAAACACCGUGCUGCCCUCGACAAAGGGAAUGCGAUACAGAAGGGAAAGCUUGAGAGCAAGUACCAAGCCUUUAUGGGCUCGUAUACCGUUCGGCGCCUACUUGCCAACCGAGGAAAGGGUCCUGUCACCCCGGAAGCAGCCAAAGCACUUCCUAGAAUCGACCGGAUUGUUAGUUGGCACGAUGCCGGCGAGGGUAGACGAUUGAGCACCGACCUCUGCCAGUUCGUCGUCAUUCGGUCCAAGGCUGCGCCCUUUGAUCGACAGGAGCCAUAUACAUAUGGAACGGGGCUACGGAUGGUAAUUGUACAUGAAUGGAAAUGGCCGUCUGUUGCUAGACCCCGACCUCGAAAGGACCAUCCACCCGGGUCAAAGAACUAUUCUCCUCUAAGAUUAGUUGAAAAGACAUCAUGA